AUCACAUAACAUUCACAUGGGUAUUAAGAGACAUCAGUGUGAAAUAUGUGAUAAAAUGUUUUUGCAAAGCAGUGCUCUUAAACGCCAUAUGACCAUUCACACUUGCGAUAAAAUGUCUAAGUGUGAAAUAUGUGACAAAUCACAUUCUCGAGGUGAUUCCAUUAAAAAGCAUAUGUUGAGUCACAAUGAUAUGGACGGUUCCAGCUCGGAUAUUGUUUACAUGUGGAUAAUGUUGGACAACAUUUGUCUUAAUGACCACAUAAACUGGCUACUGGGCACAGGACCUUGUAAAUGUUGUGGCAAGUCGAAACGUGACAGGAAAUUGAUCGUAAUGCAGAAAUGUGUAGGGAGUGCAAGAAAGCGGGAAAUUGAUCGUAAAGCAGAAAUGUGUAGGGAGUGCAAGAAAGCGGACAUAUCCGCAUUCACACUGGUGAGAAGGAUUAUAAAUGUGAUAACUGUGACAAAAUUAACAUUUCUAAGUCCGUCUCAUCUUCAAAUGCACAUGGCAAUUCACACUGGUGUAAAGAAUUUUGCAUGCGAAAUAUGUUAUAAAUCAUUUAAUUUCAAAUGUAACCUUCAAAGGCAUAUGGCAAUUCACAGUGGAGAGAAAAACUAUAAAUGUGAAAUUUGUGAGAAAGCAUUUUCCCAAAGAAGCAACCUUACAGCACAUUUGAUAAUCCACACUGGUGAGAAGAAAUACAAAUGUGAAAUCUGUUCUAAAGUGUUUACCCAACGAGGUCAACUCAAGGCACAUGUUCCAGUUCAUGACGGUCAGAUGAUCCAUAGGUGUGAAAUUUGUUUUAGAACAUUUCUCUAUGCAAGCAAGCUGAAAAAACAUAUGAGCACAGCAAAUCACACUGGUGAGAAAAAGUUUACAUGUGGAAUUUGUGAAAAAUCAUUUCUUCUGAAACACCACCUUAGUACCCAUUUACGAAUACACACAGACGAGAAGAAUUUCACAUGUGGAGUUUGUGAUAAGUCAUUCCGAUUUAAAAGUAAUCUUAAAAGUCAUUUGAAAAUUCACACUGGCAGAAAGAACAAUGUAUGUGGGGUUUGUCAAAAAGCCUUUUAUGGAAUUUGUGAUCUCAGAAAACAUAUGGAGAUUCACAUUGGAACUAAGCAAUAUAAAUGUGAUCUAUGUGGUAAAUCAUUUGCUCAGAAUUCUGGACUUAGCAUGCACAUGACCAUUCACAUGGGUAUCAAGAGAUAUAAAUGUGAAAUAUGUGAAAAAAUGUUUUUGCAAAGCAGUGCUUUUAAAAGACAUAUGGCCAUUCACACUGGCGAUAAUAGGUAUAUGUGUGAAAUAUGUGACAAAUCAUAUUCUCGAAGUGAUUCCCUUAAAACGCAUAUGCUGAGUCACACUGGUUGGGGAAUGGCGAUUCACACCAGUGAGAAACAUUUUAGAUGUGAUACAUGUGAUAAAUCAUUUCCUUACCUUAGUGAACUGAAAAAACAUAUCCGCAUUCACACUGGUGAGAAGGAUUAUAAAUGUGAUAACUGUGACAAAGCAUUUCUAAGUCCGUCUCAUCUUCAAAGGCACAUGGCAAUUCACACUGGUGUAAAGAACUUUGCAUGCGAAAUAUGUUAUAAAUCAUUUAAUUUCAAAGGUAACCUUCAAAGGCAUAUGGCAAUUCACAGUGGAGAGAAAAAUCAUAAAUGUGAAAUUUGUGAGAAAGCAUUUACCCAAAGAAGCAACCUUACAGCACAUUUGAUAAUCCACACUGGUGAGAAGAAAUACAAAUGUGAAAUCUGGUCUAAAGUUUUUACCCAACGAGGUCAACUAAAGGCACAUGUUCCAAUUCAUGACGGUCAGAAGAUUCAUAGAUGUGAAAUUUGUUUUAGGACAUUUCUCUAUGCAAGCAAGCUGAAAAAAAACAUAUGAGCACAGCAAAUCACACUGGUGAGAAAAAGUUUAC